AUGGAUCCGUUUAACAUUUACACUGUCUAUGUGUUGCCGGGGGUUGCAUUGGUUAUAUUAUUCUGCAUUAUAGGGGUUUUUGGAAACCUAAAUAUAUUGUGGGCAACCUUCCGUAAGAGGUAAGUAAACGGGCUAAAAUUGUAAAAAGUCCUACAGACAGUUACGAUCGAGUUGCAAUAUCUUCAUUGCAUUCAAUGCAUUUGCGGAUGUAUUACAUCAAAGUGGACAUUUCUUGUUUGCAUUCUUUUACUUUUCUGGGAAUGCGUUCGACACCGCGGAGAAUGUGUUCUACACGUAUAUACCUACCCUUUUUGGCUCAACCUUGGGAUUGUCAGUAAUGUUGGCCAUCGCUUUUGAUCGAUUAUUUUGUAUUGUUUACCCAAUAAGAUACAAGUAAGCCGAACAGUUCAAUUACAGUAUCUUCUAGGUUUGAUCGGGAAAACCUGGCAUUAUAUUGCAUUGCUUUGUUGACACCUCCAACCUGUUGUUCUCUAUUUCAAUUAUAUCUCAGUUAUUUGGGUGCUCAAGAAAUAAAAAAUCUGUAAGGAAAUGCAACAGUCCUUGUAAUAUAUCAACUACUAAUCUAGAAUGGUCGUCCGUAUAUUUACACAGACGUCCAGUCCUUACAUAUCAAAAUUGUUGCUAAAUAUCAGAAUGGGAUUUAGUGUGGCCGUAAUUAUAUUCUAUGUAAUUAUCUGGGCAUUCCUUUUCACACGGCACAGAAGUGCAAUUGGAAAGACGGUGAAACCGCUGAGUGUUAUUGUAACGAGUGAUGUAGUUUGUUGGGCCUUUGCAAGCGCACUGAAACUGUUUUUUACCGACUUCAGUAAUCCAGACCCGACCUAUAUAUUCACCUUGCAGAUUAAUUGUGGAUGGCCAAUUCAUAUUGGAAUUGCAUCUAGUUAUUUUGCAUACUUUGCGUUAAGGUGAGUGGAAGUGGACAUUCAAAAUCAUAACACUCAAAUUUCAGCAAAGAAUAUCGAGCCGCUUUUUUGGAGCAACUAAGUUUUCUUACGUGCAAAAGGAUCCCACGUUCCAAAACAAACUCCUCUCUUGUUAAACCAGCAACGAUCUCGUCGAAUACAUUAUAA